AUGGGGCUGCUCUUCUUGGAGCGGCUGGAGGGGGAGGGCGUGUUCAGGUGCCGGCGCUGCCGCGUGGACGCCGCCUCCAAGGACGCCAUCAUCUCCAGGGACUUCUUCGGCCGCACCGGCCGCGCCUACCUCUUCGACCACGUUGUGAACAUAUGCCUAGGCCCUAAUGAGGAUCGAUAUCUUGUAACCGGACUCCAUACUGUGAAUGACAUCUACUGUAGCUGCUGCCAACAGAUUCUUGGCUGGAGAUAUGAGAAAGCCUACGAGCAAAGCGAGAAAUACAAGGAAGGGAAGUACAUCCUCGAGAGAGCCAGAAUGGUGAAAGACGGAUCAGUUGUUGGAUUAGUUGAAAACACGGUAGGAGCAAAAGUCAGUGGAAAAGUUGAAAUCUGGGCUAUUGCAAGCGGCAUCACUGCAUCAGACCUUUGA